AUGGACUCAAGACCAUCGAAGCGGGUCAAGCUCCAUUCCGAGCCCGAUGGUCACGUAGCACUCGAGGACGCCGACCCCGCGUCCAUUCGUGCCAGAAGAGCAGCCUUCCUCAGCUCAAUCUCCAGAUCCAUCUCACCGCCAGCAACUGCUAGAUCGGGAACCACGACGCCUCAACUGAUCUCUGCCGCCGCUGCUGCUCCAAAGGCGGCCACCGCCGCUAAGAUUCAGGAUGUACAAACCCGUGUUUUCAAUGCCACUGCGUCGAAGCAUAUGUCGGCCAACAGAGUAUUGGAGGACACUGAGUCGACUCCACAAGUCAACCUCAUAGCGUCGCCAUUCAAGCUCACCAAGAUCCGUGACCUGCCAGCGUCGCAGAACAUCGACACGGUGUCUCUCCACGAUAUCCUGGGCAAUCCGCUAAUCAAAGAGGCAUGGGUCUUCAACUACUGUUUCGACGUCGAUUGGUUUAUGAACUUCUUCGACAGCGACGUCCGCAAUCAAGUCAAAGUGAAGGUCAUUCACGGCUCCUGGAAGAAUGACAGCCCUGCCAAGCAGGCUAUUGACGACGCAUGCCGCAGGUGGGAGAAUGUCACAGCGACUACAGCUUACUUGCCCGACCAAUUCGGCACCCAUCACAGCAAGAUGAUCAUACUGUUCACCCAUGAUGAUCUCGCCCGGGUUGUAAUCCAUACGGCCAACAUGCUCGCGCAGGACUGGACGAACAUGACCCAAGCGGCCUGGAUAUCUCCUAUGCUGCCUCUCGUAAAGCGUCAUGCUGACACUGUUGUCGGCAAGAUUGGGUCCGGGUCACGGUUCAAGCACGACCUCCAGGCAUACUUGGCCGCGUAUGGCUCGAAAACAAAAGCGCUAAGGGACCAAUUGGCACUAUUCGACUUCAGCAGCGUAAGAGGUGCCCUCAUCGCGUCAGUCCCUUCACACAUGAAAGACUUCGCAACCACAAGGGAUGCCAAGCAGCUGUGGGAUCAGAAGCUAUGGGGCUACCCGAGCCUGUUUCGAGCCUUGAGCUCCAUCCUCCCUGAGCAGAGACAGGAAACCGCACCGUCCCAUGUCGUGUGUCAGAUCUCCUCAAUCGCUACGCUCCCUCAAGCCUGGCUGAAUCAGUUUUUCCCCGUUCUCCACGGUCCACUAGCGGCGGGCUCUUCGCAAGAACAACGUCAGUGGGACCCGUCGCGCAUCUCAAUCAUCUACCCAACUCCUCGCAACGUCUCGUCCUCCCUCAACGGCUAUGCAUCCGGUGGCUCCAUCCACAUGAAAGCCCAAUCCGCCGCUCAUCUGAAGCAGAUCGCCAGCUUACGGAAGUCGCUGUGUCAGUGGACGCAAGGACCAAAUGAAACCCUCCGAGCAGGAAGAGCAGAGGCUGCGCCACACAUCAAGACAUUCGUGUGCUUCUCCUCCAAGCCGACCAAAGAGUCCCCCACGCCAGACAUACGAUGGGCGUUGCUGACGAGCGCCAACCUCAGCCAACAGGCAUGGGGAACAUUACGGGAGGCAGGCAAGGGUAAACAGCGGGAGAAGCAGAAGGAAAGGGAGGUUGUCGUGCAGAGCUAUGAGAUUGGUGUCCUUGUGUGGCCAGAGUUAUUCUCCAAGGACUUUGACACAGGAGAAGUAGAGGCGGAAAGUCAAGGGAAGAACGAGACGGAGUCAGGUACGGAGAAGGCGACCGCGAUCACACCCUCGACAAGAACUUCCAAGCAUGAAGAGGGUCAAGAGAUCGUGAGAAUGGUCCCUGUGUUCGGCAAAGACGUGCCUUCAGCGACAGCUGCGAUUCCGUCCUCGAAUACCAUUGUCGGGCUACGUCUCCCCUAUGACCUUCCUUUGACCCCACAUUCCGGAACGGAUAUGCCAUGGUCGCCGCAGGGACUCUACGAGCAGCGUGAUCGACAUGGGCGGCGUUGGCCCCGAGAUUUUCUGUGA